GAUGUGAACAGGUGUAUUGAGGCUCUUGAUGAGCUUGCAUCCCUUCAAGUCACAAUGCAGCAAGCUCAGAAACAUACAGAGAUGAUUCUGACUCUAAAGAAGAUACGGAAAUUCAAAGUUAGCCAAGUUAUCAUGGAGAAAUCUACAAUGCUAUAUAACAAGUUCAAGACCAUGUUUCUGGUGGGGGAAGGAGAUUCUGUUCUUUCCCAAGUACUAAAUAAAUCACUUGCUGAGCAGAAGCAGCACGAGGAAGCCAACAAAACCAAAGAACAGUGGAAGAAAGGUGCAAACAAAAAAAUGGAAAAGGACCAAACAGGUUCUAAGGUUCUGAACGGAGGGUCUGAAGCACAAGACACCAACCAGUCACAACACAAUGGAGAAAACACUGAGGAAAAGAAAGAUAAGCAUGAAGUUGGCAGUAAGAAAAAGACAUGUGGUGCAGAGAGAGAGUUUGAAAAGCCAGCAAAAGAUUCUGCCUUUGAAAGCAAAUGACACCACCGGAGUCUUUUUUUAAAAGUACAAAUUAAAGAGGAUUGUUAAGUUUUCAUUUUAAAUCUAUAGACUGAUUAAAUGUUCUAAAUAAUUUUAUAAACAUAGUAUUUUAAAGUUAAAUUUUGUUGAAUAAAAGCC